AUGACGAAAUUGAAGUCAAAGAAGAAAGCGAAGAUUACUGAGCAACCAAACCCACCACAAACACUUAAACCGCUUACGACUACUUCUCCUGAACUUGAUGUGAAGAAACCCCAAGAUAUUGUUCGUCCUGGGAGUUUGAGUUUGUUAGUUGAAGCUUAUGAUCGAGGCGUUCAAGUUGGUUUUGUUACUGGAACUUUGCUUAUGACACCAGAAAGGCGUAAAGCCAUUUGGGCUAUCUACGGUGAUUACGGCAACAAGCAGAUCCAUUCCAUUUCCAAUGGAUGUGCGACUGGUGUCGUUAUAGGAGGAGGUGGCAGUGGGGGUACUGAAGGGGGAGGUGGUGUUGGUGGUGAUGACGGUGACUGUGAAGGCGGAGGUUUUGGUGGAGGCGGUGACUGGGGAGGCGGAGGUGGUGGUGGAGGCGGUGGCUGUGGAGGUGGUGGUGGAGGCGGAGAAUGA